ACUUUCUUUGUAGUUGACACCGCCGGCCAGCCUGAGAAAUACGAAAUCAUGGUGCGCCAAAAGAAACAGAAAUGUUCAAAACUCUUACUUUUAAGCUGUCUAGCUGUGAUUGGAGUUAUUUGGUACCGCUCCAAAAAGUCAGAUUACAGCUUAUCAAUGGCUCCACGUGCGGCUUUAGCUCCCUCCAACGAAGAGCUGGAACAACUGAACGAAUACAGAGCACGAAAAGAAAGGAUAAAAGAAGUUUGUCAAAGACACAAUAUGUAUCGUCGUUUCUCCAGUUAUGCUGAUGUUUUCCGCAACCAUAACCCUCUGGCACAAGGACGAACAGGACGUAUUCGUCUCAGAACGAACCAUCCUUACGGUAUCUCGGCUUGUCUGAUUCACAAAGCUGCCAGUAAUACAGUUAUUUCCUUCUUAUUCAUCAUCCCCCCAAAUCGCAAGGAUUAUUAUCUUGGGAACAACUGGCAUCCCCUCUCUUCCAAUACCAGCCUUCUUCAGCCUUUCCAAAACUACAUAAGGGGUUUUCCUGGAUACUUUGUGUUUAUGGUUGUUCGUCAUCCUUUCGCUAGAUUAGUCUCCUCUUACAGGGACAGAGUGACUCAUGCAGGAGGUAAGAACGAUGAUGUUAAGACGGAGGUUUUUUACCAGAAUCCUAAUAUAACACUCGAAGCAUUAGCUAACUAUAAAUGGGUUCCAUUUGAUGCUUUUAUUAAAGCAUUGCUCGUCGCUGACGUAAAGGAUUCGCCUUACGUGGAAUGGGACUGGAAACCGGCCAACUACGUCUGCGCACCAUGCAACAUUGACUACGACUUCAUAGGAAAAGUAGAGAAUAUCAGCCAAGACAUUAUCUACUUGGCUCAACGAUUAGGACUUGAGAAGGAAAUGAUGAACGUUACUGGAAAUAAUCCUUGGAUGCAUCGCACCACGGAAGGAGACUCGUCGACAAAUUAUGUCAAACAAUACUUCGCUCAGAUUUCUAAGUCUGACAUUUUUGCUCUGUAUGAAAAAUAUAAGUUAGACUUCGAACUUUUUGGAUAUGAUAUCAAUGACCUGGUUAAUCAAAGCUAAAAGUUUGCUUGCUUGGUUUGUAAAGUAAUUGUAAAAUUCAUAAACACAUUGAAAUGUUUUAGAAUUUAUGGCAGUUUCCCAAACACAAUUAAACUUUAAUUGUGAUCACUU